ACAGCCGGUCCACACCCGAUCAACGCAGUAGCCAUCUUGAAACCGGAUGGCACGGGUUCGGAAGACCCCCAAGGCGUGAUCACCCUGGUGCAGCCACACCCGCCCGAGGGUCCCGUCUUCCUGUCCGGCAACAUCACGGGACUGACGCCGGGCAAGCAUGGCUUCCACGUUCAUGUCUCCGGAGACCUGCGGGAAGGGUGCAAGUCGCUCGGGCCUCAUCAUAAUCCAUUUUUGGUCCAACAUGGAGGCCCAACCGACCCCUACCGCCACGUGGGCGACCUCGGCAACAUAGUGGCAGAUGAAGGAGGCGUGGCUAAAGUGCAGAUAUCCGAUCACCUGAUCAGUCUAGCCGGCAGCCAGAACGUGAUUGGUCGAGGCCUAGUCGUGCACGCCAAUCCCGACGAUUUGGGGCGUGGCGGAGACACAGAGAGUCUGCAAACUGGCAACGCUGGAAAGCGAAUCGCCUGCGGUGUGAUUGCGCUUUACUGAGCAACGUGGCAACACUGUGGGGAGGUUGGAAAGAUUUGUUGGGGAAGAGAGAGAAGUUUAAGAACAUUGUGUGUGAAUUAGUUCUGAUAUUUUAAGAGAAAAAAUUACCAGGGGUUUGAAUAUUGAUUUAUGAUUUUUUUUUGAAUUAUUGUUUGAGAAUAAUUUUUUCCAUGGAUAUGAAAUUUAUUGUUUGGAAGAAGAAUUACCACAGACUACUAGUCUACUAGUGGUUUGAAAUUGUUUAUAAAUUUCAUUCAAAUUCUCUUAUGAAAAAUUAGUUCAUGCGAUUCAAAAAUAUAUUGAUUUGAGUUAAUCUGAAUGGGAGAAUUUUGUUUUUGACGGGAUAUUAAAAAUUGUUGAGAAAUUUGGCUAAUUGUUUUGAAAAAAUUUGAUGUUCAUUGUAGAUCUGGAAAACUUUUCAUGAAAUUCGUUAAGCCUGAAUUGAUUGAAAAAUUCUUUCUAAAAGAAGUUUUAGAAAUAGUUCGUGCAUUUCUAGAGGCUUCAUUAAAUUUUAUAUUGUUUUAUAGUUUAAAAAGUCCAUUGUUUAAAACAAAUACAAGGUAAUUUACAAUGGAGGAUAUUAUUUCCAUUACAUUUCAAUUCUUAAGUAGCCUAUGGUUGUUCAUAAUUAUUUAAUUUGUGAAUAUCAUUUGAACUGUUUCUGAAAAUAUGCUGUACCUGGGAUUUUUAUAUGAAUUCGGUCCAAAAUGUUGAAAAAUAUUGUUUUCCCAACUUGUAUUUGAAAGAUUCACUGUUCGAUUUCAUUCAAACUUUCGACGAAAACUUUAUUUUUUAUUCUCAUAACUAUCGGCGCUUAUUGUUCAUAUCAUACCUUACCGUAUCGAAUUUUAUAACUUCAAUCACAAUAUGUGGAAUUCACAUAUUAAUACCAUUUAACCAUUUAAUACCAUUCAACUAUUUAAUGGUUCCACCUCCUAACUUUGAUAGACAUGUAGUGUUGAAACAAAAUUGAAUGCUGCCUAAUAAUUCGAGUAUUCAAAUCUAAUAUCAGAGUAAAAAUUCAAAUCUGAUCUAUCAAAAUAGUUCAUUUUAAAAUUUCAUACAUCAUCACAACAAAUAUUGAACUGACUGUGCAAUUAAAGUGCGUUAAUCUAUUAUAUUAUAACAUCUCAAUAAUUAUUGUAUCUCUAACGUUUUUCCUUGUCAUUCAUUGUUACAUACAAUAUCAUUACAAUAUAAUUCUCAACUAUGAAUGAUUGGGAAGGGAACAAUAGGCUUAAAGCCCAAAACUGUUCCUUUCCCAAAUUUAGAUAGAAAUUCUAGCCAAAAAUAGGUUAUGUUAACACUUCAUGAUUUUUGUACAAUUUUAUGUCAAAAAUAUUUAAAAACUAGGAAUUUAGAAUUCAGAAAAGUUAUAAAAAAUUAUAAUCCCGUAAAAAAUAUUGAUUUUCGAGACAAAACAUUAUUUUAUAAAAUACUGAGUGAGAAAAAAUAAAAUGAAAGUCAACUCCUUCAUUUUUAUGUAAUUCCGUUAAUCAAUCAAGUGAAAAUUAAUUUAAAUUAUUUAUUCAUUUUGCAGCAAAAUACUGUACUAGCUUAGCAACAUUCAUUAUUUAUCUUCACAAAUUUUUAUAUUGCAAAACAAAUGAUAUCAUUAUUGUAUAUUUAAAAUCAAAAACUUUCAGAAAGUA